UACAGCAUGGCGCACAGAGGGCAGAGCAGCAAUUGUGAGACAGUUAUGAUUCUACAAACACACGUAUAAUGUGUUUUUACGUUUAAAUCAGAGCGACAAUAGAAGCAAUCGUCAGGUCACAGUAUUUACAAUGUUUCGGCAAAGUAGGACAAUCGUCAGAAAACUCACAAAUUUGAGUUUCCAGGGUUCGUGGAGGUCGAGAGGAAGCUCUGCUGUCGAGAGAGCACUGCAGUACACAGUGGGAAAGAAGAUCCACGGAUUUUCUGUGACAGAGGUAACUGCAGUUCCAGAUUUGUUCCUGACAGCAGUUAAACUCACUCAUGAUUCUACUGGAGCUCAAUAUCUACAUGCAGCCAGGGAUGAUUCCAACAAUCUCUUCAGUGUGCAAUUUCGUACCACCCCCAUGGAUAGCACUGGUGUCCCCCACAUUCUCGAACACACGGUUCUGUGUGGUUCUCAGCGGUUCCCGUGUAGAGAUCCUUUCUUUAAAAUGCUCAAUCGCUCCCUCUCCACCUUCAUGAAUGCAUUCACAGCGAGUGAUUACACAAUGUAUCCGUUCUCGACCCAGAAUGCCAAAGACUUCCAGAACCUUCUGUCUGUCUAUCUGGAUGCUGUUUUCUUCCCCUGUCUCAGAGAACUGGACUUCUGGCAGGAGGGUUGGAGACUGGAACAUGAGACCCCCACAGACCCCUCCAGCCGUCUGGUGUUUAAGGGUGUGGUCUUCAAUGAAAUGAAAGGAGUGUUUUCAGAUAAUGAGCGUCUGUACGCUCAGCACCUGCAGAAUAAACUUUUGCCGGAUCACACAUAUUCUGUUGUUUCUGGAGGGGAGCCGCUAGCGAUCCCUGAUCUGACCUGGGAACAGCUCAAACAGUUCCACGCCACACACUACCACCCCAGCAAUGCAAGGUUCUUUACGUACGGGGACUUGCCGUUGGAACAGCAUCUGGAGCAGAUAGAGAGAGAAGCCCUGUCUAAGUUUGAAAGAACACAGCCAAACACAGCAGUUCCACCCCAAGUGCUCUGGGACAAUCCUAGGGCGACUCAUGUGACAUGCAGCCCGGAUUCUCUGGCUCCAGACCCCACAAAGCAAAACUCGCUCUGCAUAAGCUAUCUGCUCGGAGACAUUACCAACACGUUUGAGACGUUUACCCUGAACCUUCUCUCCUCUUUGAUGAUCUUUGGUCCAAACUCUCCAUUCUACAAAGUCCUGAUUGAGCCCAAAAUCGGUUCUGACUUCUCUUCCUCAGUAGGGUUUGAUAGCAGCACCAGACAAGCAUCUUUCACCAUUGGUCUUCAGGGCAUGGCAGAGGCCGACACUGACAGAGUCAAACACAUCAUUGCCCAAACUGUCGAUGACAUCGUUAUAACCGGUUUUGAAGAGGAGCAGGUUGAAGCUCUGCUACAUAAGAUUGAGAUUCAGAUAAAACAUCAGUCCACCAGCUUCGGCUUGGCUCUCGCUUCAUAUGUUGCAUCUUGUUGGAAUCAUGACGGUGAUCCGGUGGAACUCCUUAAGAUCAGUGAAAAUGUGUCCUGCUUCCGACAGUGUCUGAAGGACAACCCUCGCUUCCUACAGGACAAAGUCCAGCAGUACUUUAAGGAUAACGCACAUCAACUGACCCUUUCCAUGAGUCCUGAUGAGAAGUACCUGGACAAACAGGCCGAAGCUGAAGAACACAAACUACGGCACAAGAUACAAAACCUCACCGAUGUGGACCUCAAAGACGUCUAUGAGAAAGGUUUACAGCUGUUGGAUGCUCAGAACACAGCUCAGGAUGCCUCUUGUCUCCCUGCGUUGAAGGUGUCCGACAUUGAGCCGAUCAUUCCCUACACACCUGUACAGCUGGGUACCGCAGGUGGUGUGCCUGUGCAGUACUGCGAGCAGCCCACCAAUGGCAUGGUGUAUUUCAGAGCUGUGUGUAACAUCAACUCCCUCCCUGAAGACCUGAAGAUCUUUGUGCCCUUGUUCUGCAACGUCAUCACCAAGUUGGGCAGCGGUGGGCUGGAUUAUCGUCAGCAGGCUCAGCGUAUUGAACUGAAGACUGGAGGCAUGUCUGUCUCUCCACAGGUCAUACCAGACACUGAUGACCUCGAUCUGUACGAGCAGGGUAUUGUACUUUCUUCUUCUUGCCUGGAAAGAAAUUUACCCGACAUGUUUCAGCUGUGGAGUGACAUAUUCAACAGCCCCAAUUUUGAUGAUGAGGAGCGUCUGCGUGUGCUGGUCAUGAUGUCAGCUCAAGAGCUAGCCAAUGGGAUAUCGUACUCCGGUCACAUGUAUGCGAUGACACGCGCUGCUCGAUCCCUGACGCCCACAGCGGACCUGCAGGAGACCUUCGGUGGGAUGGACCAGGUGAAAUUUAUGAAGCGAAUAGCCGAGAUGACUGAUCUGACAUCAGUUUUGAGGAAACUUCCCAGGAUAAAGAGACACUUGUUCAAUCUGGAAAACACGAGAUGUGCAGUGAACGCCACACCUCAGAAAAUGUCUAAUGCUGACAAAGAAAUGGAAAGAUUCAUCAGUAAUAUAUCAGGCAACAGGAAAGAGCGCAAACCUGUCAGACCAAACGUUGUUGAGAGGUCACUAGAUCCUCAAACUCAAUCAGCUGGAAGUCGUAAACUCAUCUCAGAGCCUCAUUUUAAACCUUGCCAGAUGAAGACCUAUUUUCAGCUUCCUUUUCCUGUGAACUUUGUCAGCGAGUGUGUACGCACUGUGCCGUUCACACACGAUGAUUUCGCCAGUCUGUGUAUUCUAGCAAGGAUGAUGACCGCUAAGUUCUUGCAUGGAGAGAUCAGAGAAAAGGGUGGAGCAUAUGGAGGCGGGGUCAGACAGGGAUCUGGUGGCCUGUUCUCCUUUUAUUCAUAUAGAGAUCCAAACUCCACACAGACAUUAUCAGCUUUCCAUGGCGGUGUCGAGUGGGCACGAGCGGGGAAGUUCACACAGCAGGAUGUGGAUGAGGCGAAACUUUCUGUGUUCUCUGCUGUUGAUGCACCUGUUGCACCCUCAGAUAAAGGUUUGGGGAGAUUUCUAAGUGGUAUUACGGAUGAAAUGAAACAAACAUAUAGAGAGAGACUGUUUGCUGUGACGGAUAAAAACCUAAUUGAUGCCGCUGGCAGGUUUCUAGGUGUUGGCCAGCAGACACAUGGUGUGGCGAUUCUAGGUCCAGAAAAUGAAAGCAUCAGAAAAGAUCCAUCCUGGGUGGUGAAAUAGAUUCUCACAGAUGUUAUUAGGGAUAAAACACGCACAUGUUCCUGCGUUACGCACAAAUUAAGCUUGUUCCGUUACUAGUCUCCAGGCGCGCACCGAUUCUCAUUGUUCUUUUUUACCGAUGUCAUCAUGAUUUGCUGCAUUUCCAAAUACUGUUAGAUAUAUUCAAGGGUUAAAACUGCCCGAAUCAUCUCAUAGUAGUAAGUCAUCUUACAUUGACAGCACGUUGGCAGUCAUAAUACAGUGAUGGUGAUGUUGUUGACUGAAAGAUUAUUUAUGAAAUGUAUAGAAUUUAAUAAAUGAUACAAUGUUUAAUUAAAAUGUUUUUUCAACUGUAUUUAUCAAAAAAGGCUAAUAAUUGCAUCAUGUGCAACUUUUGACCCACUGAACAAAUAAAGCCACACGUAAUGCAUUCUAAAGGAGUUUAUGCAUCAUUGGUUGGUCACACACACAAUAAAUUUGAGGAAAACAUUUACACCAACGCAACAUCUGCUUUGGUACAAAAAGCCUGUGCUAACAAAACAGAACAACAUGUGGAAAGUGCAUGAGGCGUAUCACUGCAAGCAAGCAGGAUAUUUUCACCAUAUUUAAAAAUAAGCUCUGAACUAUAUUAAUAAUAAUAACUCUUGACUAUUCACAAAAUAGAAUCCCCAUAACCUGGAGAAAAAAGCUAAAGGCUAAAGUAACGACUGACUUUGUCACAACAUAGCUAGUAUAUUUCUUGGCUUUUAAUGUGAACUGAUGUAUAUGGUUAUUUGUUAAAGAGUACAUAACGUGAGAUCAUGAAAAUUACAUUUCAUGCAGUGUGUAAUGUUGGUGUGUUUGAAAGUAAGCAGUCUUGUCAAGUUGCAAAUCCGAAGGAGAAUGAAUAAAGUUAUUGGCUUGGAAAAAAGGGAGUCGACUCUGAAUCACGCAAACGAGUCGUCCCUAGUCCGAUUCGCGAACCGCCGGGGAUGUACGUCACUACAUUUAGGCCCAAUCCCAAUUCUACCCCUUACCCCUACACUUUCCCCUACCCCUCCGUUUGGCGUGUUCACGUGAAGGGGUAGUGGUGUCUCAAUUCUCUUUUGGUUGGAGGGCUAGGGGUAAGGGGAAGGGCCAGAUAGCCCUUCAAAUGAAGAUUUUUCGGGACCUCACUUCAAACGAAGGGCUAAGAGAAAUUUCCAACAUGGCCGCUCACUCGAGCAAGCAGACCCAUAAAUGUAAGUAAUUUUUGCCAUUAAUAAGGAUUUUUAUGACAAUUUUUCCUUUUAUGUAUGUUACAUUCAAUCUUGUGUUAGUAUUUACGGUGAUGUUCUUUUAACGUUUGCAAAAAAAUCGCUAAAGUUUGCUAGCGGACAGCACUGAUUGCACGAUACUAGAAAAUAUAUUUUUAUGUCAUAUACCCGGUGCAUCGGCACAUGUCCUCUGACGUGACGAGCUAGCAACGACGUAUAUGAUGACGUAUAACAGUGUAGUAGUGGUGUCCCAUUUCUUAGCGGAAAAUUUGUAGCCCUUGCCACUUUGUUUCAAGAGGCAAGGGGAAGGGGCGAGGGGUAGGCUAAGGGGUAGAAAAUAGAAUUGGGAUUGGGCCAUAGUCCCCUUCUACGUUUUGCUAGGACUGCUCGUGAAAACUUCACUCUUCUCCCCUAAACACUGUAGCUUGUGCGCCUCAUUCGCGGUAGACCAAUCACAGCAGACUAGACCAUCUGACCAAUCACAUCAGACUAGGCUAGCGGAAAGGAGGGGAUUAGGACAGAUGAAUCACUGAACGAAUCAUUUGAGAGUCAGACAAGAAGUAAGGUAAGUAUAACUGCCUAUUAUUAUGAAAUAAUAGUGUUUUUACAACUUCUAUGUACAUAAACUUGUUUUUGGACACUCCGUAAACCAAAGUAGGACCUUAAAAAUCUCUAGUUAUGUACUCUUUAAGGUUAAAGAUCAUGUCUAGAUCUGCUGUGGAAUGCUAACACGGGUCCCACAUUUAAAUACAUAUAAUGCAGAAUUACGUUUUUACACACAGCUCAUUUUAAAUAGCAGAGUUGUCUUUAGGUCUCAGACGGACGAUGUGUUCCAGCUGGCCAGCGUCAGACACAUCGUAACUGGUUUUGUACUUGGCCAGUAUCUUCAUGAGUGGCCGUAGUCUGAGCCACCACUGUUCCUUUGGGAUCCUGUGU